AUGGCGGAUCGCUACUCGUUCUCGCUCACUACCUUCUCCCCCAGCGGAAAGCUGGUACAGAUUGAAUAUGCUCUCAACGCCGUCAACCAAGGUGUUACCGCCCUAGGCAUCAAAGCCACCAACGGUAUCGUCCUCGCAACCGAAAAGAAAUCAUCAUCGCCUCUCAUCGAUGCCGCCUCCGGAAGCAAGAUCUCUUUGAUCACUCCUAAUAUUGGUACCGUCUACGCUGGCAUGGGUCCCGACUACCGCAUUCUCGUCGACAAGGCUCGCAAGGUCUCACACACAAACUACAAGCGUGUCUACAACGAAUACCCCCCUACUCGCAUUCUGGUUCAAGAUGUCGCUCGUGUCAUGCAAGAGGCUACCCAGUCAGGUGGCGUGCGGCCGUAUGGUGUCAGUUUGUUGGUUGCCGGAUGGGAUGACGGUAUUGAGCCUGAGAAGGAGGCUGCCGAUGCUGGUGAUGAUGCAGAGAAGAAGGCUGUCAAGGGAAAGACUGGCGGUAUCCUCAAGGGCGGUCCUUCACUGUACCAGGUUGACCCCAGCGGUUCCUACUUCCCCUGGAAGGCUACUGCUAUUGGAAAGAGCGCCACUUCGGCAAAGACUUUCUUGGAAAAGCGCUACACAGACGGUCUCGAGCUUGAAGACGCCAUUCACAUUGCUCUUCUCACACUCAAGGAGACCAUUGAGGGCGAGAUGAACGGUGACACCAUCGAGAUUGGUAUCGUCGGUGCUCCUGCCGACCACUUGCUCGGUGUUGAGGGUGUUGAGGGUGCUCAAGGUCCUCGUUUCAGAAAAUUCAGUUCGCAAGAAAUUGAGGAUUACCUGACGAGUUUGUAA